AUGUCUUCCCGCACCGCCAUCCCCACCUACACCUUCGCCGCCGCCCCCGCGUCCCCGAACGCAUUCGGCCUCUUCGCCGCGUCCGCUCAAUCCCCCCGCGAUACCUACGCCCUUUACGAGGACGCGCGCCAGGUCCUACGUCCCUCCAAUGUGUCGCGGCGCACGACGGGCGCACCCAAAACUUCGGCCAAGAGCGGCUUCAAGAAGAUCCUCAGGCUCCCAUACGCAACAUACGCAACCUACCGAUGCAAGACGGGCGACUUUGCCCCGUCCUCCAUUUGGCCGCGCGCUUCGCCCUCGCGGCUGCGUUUGAUCUGGCCAUGCCGAUCACGCAUGCUUGUGACGUUUCCAGCGGAACGUCUCGAGAACGACCUCGCACUAUCCGCGCUCAGCGCAAGCGUCGCUCACCGAUCCCCUCAUCUCGUGACGGGGAACUCGUGGAGGAGGCCCUCGUCUCCGCUCCCGCAGGACAGCGCGGUCGCGGAGGAGAGAGACGGGUACCAGUUCGGUGAGGCAGCGAUGCAAAGAAUACACUUCGCCAUAGAGGAGACGCAGAUCGACAAGUUCUUGCGAAGACACAUGCCCGGGGAGGAUCAUCCAACGGACACCACGGAGCUCUACUAUCCAAGCGAAGGCUCGAUCUACACCAUGAAGUCGGAGCGACGUGUCAAACUCGAGAUCGCAAAAAUGGCUCGCUCAGUCCUCCUGGCCGAAGCGAACACUCGCCGUUCAGCCAUGCCUCGCACGUUGCUGCUAGACACCUCGACGAGGUUCCUGGAAGACGACAACCGCGGCGCCGGUGGGCACCAGCGCACCCGCCCUAGCCUCUCCAUCUACUUCAACACCGAGCGCACUCGGGAGCUGCUGGCCGCGAACCCACCCGACGAGUCCGAGGCCUGCGACGAACUCGGCGACAGCCCACAGACUCCGACUCGUGCCCAAGCCAUGAACGAAUUCGCUGGUGCAACGUCGUACGCCGACAUCGUCGUUCCUAUACAAGUGAAGACGUCGCACGACCACGCAGCCUUCCGGUUCCAAAGUCACACUGGCGGGAUGGCACGACGUUACAGCGAGAAAGGGUGUCAGUCUCUAACCCAGAUCACCGAGUACUAUUCCGCGAUCCUAGGACGACAGCACCGCACCCAUCUGUACGCGGUAUACGUCUGCCGCGACAAGGCUCGACUCCUCUUCAUCGAUCGCGAGCGGUGCCACAUCUCGGAACAGUUCGUGUACGGCACACGCGAAGAUCAGACACUGCAUCGCUUCUUCUGGCGGCUUGCGCGCAUGGAUCGUCAGCAACUCGGUUUCGAUCCGUCGGUGAUUCUGGCCGACGGUGAAGAUGAGCGGCGGCUGCUCGCGCACGCACGGGGCAUGAAGAUGGCCGAUCCGCAACGGGCUCUGAUUCUCCGCGCUCUGUGUCGUGAUCCGAAGACCGAGACCUACGAAUCAGUCUCCACGCAGUGGCCACUCCAGCGCAUGACGGUCGGAAGCGAGACGUAUGUGGUUGGGCGUCCGAUCAUCCAGACCUCUGCGCUCCACGGACCCGCACCGCGACUCUUCCACGCCUUCCAUGUCGAGCAGGACGGCUCGAUCAAGGGUUACACUAUCAAGGACUAUUGGCGACCCGACCACGAGGAGAUCGAGCUCGAGCACAAGGUCUACGAUCGGCUGAAAGAGGCGAAGGUCACCAACAUCCCCACUUGCGUUUAUGGCGGCGACGUCGAAGUCAACGGCAAGGUCCAGCGCACGAAGGAUGAGGGACUGUUCACUACCGAAUCGUCCUCGAGGCCACGACAGGCGUGGUGCGGCGAAGCCAAAACACUCCAUCGUCAGAUCGGCACGAACAGCAUCCUCAUCCUCUCCGAGUUUGACGACGCCACCCAGCAGAUCACGCGAACGGCGCUCCUCGGUGACUGGGAGCUGUCGAAGACCAAAACCCUGAUGGACAAUGCGACGGGCCCUCGGCAACGUGCGGUAGUGGGACCCUGGUACUUCCAGUCGAGCCUGUCGUUGAAGUAUCCCUUAUCCCGCCCGUAUCGACUAAGCGAUGAAGUCGAGGCGUUCGUACACGUCUUCCAGUAUCUCGUCCUGCGAUUCAACGUGACGCAAUUCACCAAUAAAAAAAGUCGUAUACGCGCUGCAACACGUCUUGAGAGUGUCUACGCCGAGUGCGACGGCGGUAACGAUGUUUACAGGGGUGGCGACGAGAAGUUCAUAAGCAUGGGCUACCCAAAACCCUGGCUUGUACCUGUGAACAACGAUACCUUAUACGAUAUCCUCAAGAACAUCGCCGCAGUAACCAGUCAACACUAUUCCGCAAUUGACGAGUUGAUGUACUCCAAACAUUACGGCCACAAGCCCCUUGGCGAUGUGUUCUCCGGCCAUCCCGCCGUCGCCCCCACCGAAGCGCCCUCCGAUCAACCCACUGUCGCCCCCGGUGAUGUCGAGGACAUGCGUUUUGCCGAGGGCGGGCUGCUCAGCACUCACGAGGACCUGAAGGUGAUCUUCAAGAAAUAUGCGGACCUCAAGAACUGGCGCAAGGUGAAGACGUUACGGAACGGGGAAGCCUUGGAAGAGUCUUUGGACGCGAAAAAGAAGGAUCCCGACCUUUUCCGGGCGGCGGGGAUCAUUCCGAUGGAUGAGAACGGGUACGCAGUGAUCCCUAAGCCGCCCGCCGCGGCCGAAUCUGGUGGUCCGAACCGGCGAACAAGAAGCAGAGGACGGCGUAAGGGAGACGAUCUGGUGUUGUAG